AUGCCUACGCGGAAGGCCGACCGAAGAUAUGGUCCUAAGAACUUUCGCCCAGCAGGAUCUUCUGCCCUCCCGCAUAGAUCUAAAGUGGUUGAUGCAUCAACGCUGCGCGCAAGCGAGGCUACUUUCCAAGAUGAAAAGAUACAAGCUGCGCGCCUCGCCCACUCCAUCGACGAGUCGAUGGGUUUCGCACGCUACGAUUCAGGCAGAAGGAAGAUUGGAUGGCUUUGUAACAUGCAUAGUACAACCAUAGAGGAUGAAAAGAUCCCUGGAGGACGAGCGGGUGUGGAGUUCUACUUUAUUGAAGAUGACGGGGGCACUUUCAAGGCGACAGUGCAAUAUGAUCCCUAUUUUUUGAUCGCUGUUCGGAAGGGGAAGGAAGCAGAAGUCGAAGAAUGGUGUCGGAGACGGUUUGAAGGUCUUGUGAAAGACGUUGAGCGCGUCGAGAAGGAGGAUCUGCAGAUGCCCAAUCACUUAUUAGGAUACCGAAGAAUGUUUCUACAAUUAGCAUUUCACAACGUUUCGGACCUUCUCAAUGUCAGGAGAGACAUUAUGCCUAUUGCGGAAAAGAACAAGAAAAACAUGAAUGCGAUGGACACAUACGCAGAAGUUGCUAAUGCCAAUGCUGGCUUCGACCUUUUCGACGAAGACGAAAGACGACACGAACAUUUAAAAACCAGCGUAGUCGAUGCAAGCGAUUUUAUCGUUGAUAUUAGAGAAUAUGAUGUUCCCUACCACGUCAGGGUCGCAAUUGAUAAGGACAUUCGAAUUGGGAAAUGGUACACGGUAGAAGCGAAAUACGGUAUAACAAGCAUGAAAUGCAUAGAAGAGCGAAUAACGCGGGCAGAUCCCGUCGUGUUGGCAUACGAUAUAGAGACAACAAAACUACCACUGAAAUUUCCCGACGCCGUAUCAGAUCAGAUCAUGAUGAUAUCAUACAUGAUCGACGGCCAAGGGUUCUUAAUCACUAAUCGGGAGAUAGUCUCUGAAGACAUAGCAGAUUUUGAAUAUACGCCGAAGCCGGAGUAUGAAGGGCAAUUUCUCAUCUUCAAUGAACCUGAUGAGAAGGGCGUGGUGGACAGGUUUUUUCAGCACAUCAAGGAAGCUAGGCCAUCUGUGAUUGCAACUUACAAUGGAGACUUCUUCGAUUGGCCUUUCGUUGAAGCUAGAGCGAGCGUUCUAGGAAUCGACAUGUAUCAGGAAAUCGGCUUUCGGAAGAAUAGCGAGGAUGUAUACCAAAGUAAUUACGGGGUUCAUAUGGACUGUUUUGCGUGGGUCAAUCGCGACAGCUAUCUCCCACAAGGAAGCAGAGGUCUAAAAGCCGUUACCGUUGCUAAACUUGGAUACGACCCUGAUGAAUUGGAUCCGGAGCUUAUGACACGUUUCGCCGUUGAAAGGCCUCAAACAUUGGCCGAAUAUUCAGUCUCUGACGCCGUCGCGACGUACUAUCUGUAUAUGAAAUACAUUCAUCCCUUCAUCUUCUCCCUGUGUAACAUCGUCCCCCUCAAUCCGGAUGACGUUCUUCGGAAAGGGACGGGUACCCUUUGUGAGAUGUUGCUCAUGGUUCAGGCUUACCAAAAGAACAUUGUGCUUCCGAACAAGCACAAAGAGCCGAAAGAAACUUUCUGGGAAGGCCAUCUCUUAGAAUCAGAAACAUACGUUGGUGGCCACGUCGAGAGUAUUGAGGCAGGCGUAUUCCGAAGUGACAUACCCGUGAAUUUCAUCAUUGACACAACCGCCAUUGAUGAGCUCGUUCGGGAUCUCGACGCUGCAUUACAAUUCAGCAUCGUAGUCGAAGAGAAGAAGUCUCUAGAGGACAUUACUAACUACGAUGAAGUCAAAGCAGAAAUUGUAGCGAAGUUGGAGACCUUGAAACGAACUCCAAAUCGAAGCGAAAGACCUUUGAUAUAUCACUUAGACACGGUUGCCUUGGGCGUGGAGGGGGAGUUCCUGCCAGCUCAGAAGAGCGAGUACAACAUGGUUCGGCAUGCACUCGAGAACGAGCGCUUUCCGGGGAAGUUUCCAAAUAGUCCGCCCAUCACCUUUCAAGACAUGACCACUGAGCAGCAAGCAAGUCUUGUUAAGAAACGUUUGACCGAUUACAGUAAGAAGAUCUAUCAUAAAAUUCACGAGACUAAAACCCGCGAGCGUGAAGCGAUUAUCUGUCAGCGAGAGAAUCCGUUCUACGUUGACACCGUGAAGAACUUUCGAGAUCGUCGAUACGACUUCAAAGGUAAACAGAAGGUAUGGAAGAACAACACGGAUUCGUUGAAAAGCUCAGGCGCAACUGCGGUGGAGAUUGAAGAGGCUAAAAAGAUGAUCAUCUUAUACGAUUCGCUUCAACUAGCUCAUAAAGUCAUUUUAAACAGCUUCUACGGUUAUGUCAUGAGGAAAGGCUCACGAUGGUAUUCAAUGGAGAUGGCCGGUGUAACAUGCCUUACAGGGGCGCACAUCAUCCAGAUGGCACGAGAACUUGUUGAGCGCAUAGGAAGACCUCUGGAACUUGACACGGACGGUAUCUGGUGCAUGCUGCCAGCAACAUUCCCGGAAAACGUCGUCUUCAUUUUGAAAAAUGGGAAGAAAAUGCCCGUGUCAUACCCAUGCGUUAUGUUGAAUCACCUUGUGCAUGGUAAAUUUACCAAUCACCAAUAUCAGGAUCUCAUAGAUCCUUCGAACUUUCGCUACGACACCCAUAGCGAUAACACCAUCUUCUUCGAGGUCGAUGGUCCUUACAAAGCAAUGGUUUUGCCGACCUCCCAGGAGGAGGAUCGUAAUCUGAAAAAGCGUUAUGCGGUGUUCAAUCACGACGGCAGUCUAGCUGAAUUGAAAGGUUUCGAAGUCAAGCGAAGAGGAGAGCUGAAACUGAUCAAAAUCUUUCAAACUCAGAUUUUCAAAUUUUUCCUCGAAGGCGCAUCACUGGAGGAAACCUACGCUUCUGUUGCUAAGGUCGCUAAUCAAUGGCUUGAUGUACUUCAUCAGCAUGGCUCCACCCUUGCUGACGAAGAAUUGAUCGAUCUUAUCUGUGAAAAUCGGAGCAUGUCAAAGACGCUUGAAGAAUACGGCACCCAAAAGUCCACCUCCAUUACUACGGCAAAGAGAUUAGCUGAGUUCCUGGGCAUGCAAAUGGUCAAAGACAAAGGCCUGAAUUGCAAGUACAUCAUUGCAGCUAGACCUAGAAACGCUCCUGUGACCGAACGAGCAAUACCCACGACUAUCUUUGCAGCUGACGAUCAGGUCAAGCGUUAUUUUCUUCGCAAAUGGCUCCGAGAGGACCCUACCGAUAUGAACCCUCGCGCGUUAAUUGAUUGGGACUAUUACCUCGACCGCCUUGGCUCUGUGGUGCAAAAGUUGAUCACUAUACCGGCUGCACUACAGAAGCUACGUAACCCAGUCCCACGUGUCAAUCACCCAGACUGGCUUCAGCGUAGAAUCAAUAUCAAAGACGAUAAGAUGAAGCAGAAAAAGAUGACUGACCUUUUCACAAGAGAACCACUAUCAAACAUAAGUCCUAAUACUAUGGAUCACCGGUUACCUACUGAUCUCGAAGACUUUGGCUCGACCCAAUUGGCGAGGGCGAAGAACGGUCAAGUCGCACGCCUAGUACAGAAGAGAAAGGUGCCAGAAAGGGAAUCGCAGACGAGCCUAGACCCCUAUGCUAGCCUUCCAUCCAAGAUGCCCGAUCCUACGAAGGAUUAUGCUGGCUUCUUAGAGUAUCAAAAGAAGAAGUGGAAAAUUCAGAAGCAGGCACGCAUAAGGCGACGUCAGCUGUUUGGCGAGCGCGGUAAUGCUGUGUCUGAUAGCCUGAGUGGUUACUUCAUGAAUCAAGCCGAGCUACUCUUCACCAAUACUUGGCAACUCCUUCAAGUCAGGGAGUCCGAGUCUCCUGGGGCUCUUCGUGCCUUUGUCUUGAUUGACAGGAAGGUGCACGCCUUGACAGUCAAGGUACCUCGACAGCUGUUUCUGAAUUUCAGAGGGGACGAGCUCCCAGACAUCGAGAUAGAAGGUUGUGUUGCCGAAAAAGUUACGCACACGCUACCAAAUGGCCAUCCUUCCGUUCAUCUGUUCAAAUUAGUCAUGCCAGAGGAGGUGUAUGUACGAGAAGCAGAGAAAUUGAGCGACCUUUUCCAUCAUCCUAGCGUCGAGGGCAUCUAUGAAAAACAGGUCCCCCUGAGCAUUAGAGCAGUCCUUCAGUUGGGAAGCAUCUGUUCCUUUGACGAAGGUCAAAAGGGUGUCUUAGGUCAAGGUCUUGAGCAUGGCUUUGAUCUUACAGCGCUUCGCCGAGAAUCAACGAAGCAACCGUAUCUCUCCGAGACUGAAAUGGACUUCGUAUUUCUCUAUCAUAUGGUCAUGAGCGACCGAGAGGUUAUUGCUUUAUUUUCAACUGCCAAAGAUGACGCUCAAAUUUUCGUUUUUGAUCGCAAGAAAGAUACACAAGGGCUUCCAAAUCCUGACAGAGUGUAUGCGGAUCUGCUAGCCAAGCGCUUUGACGAGAAUGGCGGAGAAAGAUGGCAAAACGUAGUUGAGUAUCAAGAAAGAAUUCGUUUCAAGACAGUGCAAGUCCGCACAAAGCGAAAGUUGCAUACCGACGUUAGUGAUGCUAUCAAGAAGAUGCGUAAAGACGAGAACAAACCUGCUCUGUUGGUCCUGCAGUCUCCACGGAGAAAACUCCUACUUAACGAUAUACCUUCACUCAACGAUCUCCCGGUUUUGCCUCUCAAACACGAGCCGUCAGACAGCAAGCCUCCGCUACUUGGUUGGCAAGGCUUUGUAGUCAAACGAGUUGUAACCCACUACCUUGCGCUCGGUUCGUGGAUCAGUCAUCUGAUCGAGCUUGCCCGAUAUGGCGAUGUUCCGCUUUGCAAUCUUGAGAGGGAUGAUCCUCGGUUUCUGAUUGAUAUUGCCUACGCGAGAAGGUUGCAGAAGAAUAAUGUCGUGCUUUGGUGGUCUGGCGGUCCCCUACCCGACCACGCAGGUUAUGAGAAAGACAAUUAUGCAGGAAGAAUGGAAGAAGUUGAGAUGCCAGCAGUCAAUAACCCAGGAACAUACUCUUCUGUGUGCAUUGAACUGAAUGUUAAGAACCUCGCUAUCAAUACGCUCUUGACGUCCUCUUUGAUCAACGAACUUGAGGGAAGUGACUCUGUUGCGUUCAGUAAUGCACCGCCUGCAGACGACGGCCCAAGCGACGGAACAGCUGUGCUGUAUUCUGACAAUGCAUUUGCAUCAGCCGGUAUCAUGGUUCUGAGAGAGAUGGUCAAAGCAUGGUGGACGGAAGCCUGCAAAGGCAGUGGAAUGGCCGACAUUAUGGUUCAGCAUCUCGUCCGUUGGGUUGAGAGCCCCGAUUCGUUCCUUUUUGAUCAGUCUCUCCAAUAUUACGUGCAAAUGAUGUCGAAAAAGGCUUUUCAACAGCUCAUGACAGAUUUCAGACGUGUAGGUUCCCACGUUGUUUUCGCCAACACCGGCCGGCUGUUACUUCAAACGACGAAAGCAGAAGUCGGUAACGCCUAUGCUUACAGUCAAUAUAUUCUCAAAUCUAUUAAAGCGAAGCCUCUGUUUCAUUUUCUUGAUCUUGAUAUCAAGGAGUACUGGGACUAUCUGGUCUGGUACGAUGAACACAACUACGGCGGAAAAGCCUGUCAGGAGGUCGUUGAAGCAGAAGCCCAACAGCUCGACACCAUCAUGCACUGGCAAUUCAAUACCUUCCUUCCUGCACAAUACCAGACAAUAUUUCACGAUUGGAUAGUCGAAUUUAUAGAUCUGAUGCACUCGCUCAAAUGUCCCCGCCGUGAGACACCCAUUGGCGGCGAAGAUUCCUUUCAGCCCUCAAGGCCGACCCAAAUCCCUUUUCGCUCCCUCACCCAAGAUCCUGAUUCUUCAUCCAGGGACAAGCCCACCGACGUCCUCAGCAAGUCCAUAUCCAGGCCUCUAAAAAAGUCAAUUAUUCACUUAAUAUCUCGCCAUCGCCAAGAAAUCACCCAUCCUGACCUUGCUACCGACUACAUUUUCCCUAUCCUUCCUGGCUCUCACUUGGACCUUUCUAACGCUUCCCCAGUAUUCCAUCUCGUGAAAAACAUAAUGCACGUCUUCUCGCUCGACAAGUCCAUCAAUCUGGAGACACGCCUACUUCGCGCCGAUGUACUCAAAUUCUUCGAGGUGCGUGAGUUCUCCGCUCAAGCGCGGUGGGAGAACCCAAGCGCAAGUUGCAAGGUUGAGGGUGUGACUUGCGAGUGGUGUACCAUGUCACGCGACCUCAAUUUGUGCCGGGACGACGACGUUAUACCUGACGUUUCCAUGACAUCCAGCGGUGGUGCCGCUGUGGAGGAGGCAGUAAGACAGAAACCUUGGCUUUGCCCAACUUGCCGGCAUCCUUAUGAUAAAUUAGCAAUUGAAGAGCAAUUGAUUGGGAGAGUGCAGAAAAUGGUCACCGGGUGGCAGAUUCAGGAUCUUAAGUGUAAGAAAUGUAGGGGAGUGAGAGUCAAUGAAUUCAUGGAACAUUGUGCUUGUGGGGGGGAAUGGGGAGAGACCGUCAGUAGGGAAAAAAUGAUUACGGACUUGAAGGUGCUAGAAGGGGUGGGCAGAGGAUGCGAUUUGAAGAUGCUUGGGGAUGUUGUAGAUGGUGUUAUGAAGGGAAUGUGA